CUACGUUUGAAAAUCCCGCCCAGUCAGUGACUCCUCGGAGCUGCACCGAGGCGGAGACUCGCGGCUCUGUGUGCCCAGUGUGUCGGGGAGCUCCGCCGCGACGGUCCGCUCACAGCUAACUAGCGCUGGAACCGCUUCCCAGUGCAACUUCGGCGGUAUCGUGAAUGCUUUAUUUACAGUUAAAAUAGAAGAAGACGAGCUACAUCGCCGAUUUAAGCAUUUUAUCCAGCCCCCCCUCCCUUUUUGUUUUUGUUCUUCCCCGGAGAUGUGUCGCUCGGAGAACUAGGAGCGGACCGCGCUGCACACCGAAGCCGGGAUGAGUGGGAGCUCCGCGGUGUCCGGCGCGGCGCCCUGCCGCUUCGCCCACUACUUUGCUAUUUGUGGGAUAGACACAGAAACGGGACUAGAACCAGACGAGUUAGCAGGUGAAAACUUUGAAGAGAGUCCGCUGAAGAGGACAUUCAAGUCCAAAGUUCUGGCACAUUACCCCGAGAACGUUGAGUGGAACCCUUUCGACCAGGAUGCCGUCAACAUGCUGUGUAUGCCUAAAGGCCUGUCGUUCAGGACGCAGGCGGACCAGCGUCAUCCUCAGUUCCAUUCCUUCAUCAUCACCAAGGAGGACGGCUCUCGGACCUACGGCUUCGUCCACACCUUCUACGAACAGGUUACCAGCCCACAGAUCUGCUCUGCCAUGCAGACCCUCUACCAGAUGCACAAUGCAGAGCACGCCUCCGCCAACCCCCCUUCCUCCUCCUCGUCCUCCUCCUCCAGUAUGGACUCUCUGGCCAGCAGUUUAGACGAAGCCGACUCCCCCACCUCCUCGUCCUCCACAUCUUCGUCUCGUGCAGCAGGCACCUAUGACUCGUCACGGGACACCCUCUACGUGUCCAAGGCCUUGUGUCUGAUCACACCCAUGCCCUUCAUGCACGCUUGUCGCCACUUCCUGUCACAGCUACACAGAGCUGUUACAGCUGCCAGUGCACCCCCCCUGCCACUGGAAAGCUACGUUCACAACAUCCUGUACGAGGUGCCGCUGCCUGCUCCAGGACGCUCGCUCAAGUUCCACGGUGUGUACGAGCCUAUCGUUUGUCAGAGGCCUGGGCCGGGGGAGCUGCCGCUGGCUGACUUCCCCCUGGCAGAAGCUUUCGGUCUGCUGGGAGUGGAGAACCUGGUCCAGGUGUUCACCUGCACCCUGCUGGAGAUGCAGAUCCUGCUGUACUCACAGGACUACCAGCGGUUGAUGACCGUGGCAGAGGGCAUCACCACCUUGCUGUUUCCCUUCCAGUGGCAGCACGUUUAUGUUCCCAUCCUGCCAGCCUCCCUCCUUCACUUCCUGGAUGCACCUGUUCCCUACCUGAUGGGCCUACAGUCCAAAGAAGGCACUGAUCGCUCCAAACUUGAGCUUCCUCAGGAGGCCAACCUGUGUUUUGUGGACAUUGACAACCACUACAUCGAGCUCCCAGAGGACUUCCCCCAGUUCCCCAACAAGCCCGAGUUCAUCCAGGAGCUCCGUGAAGUGCUGUUGAGUUUUGGGAUCACAGACAACACAGGCGCCCCACCGCGGACCCGCUCCAGUCCCAGCAGCACCCCAUCCACCCCGGGGAGGGAGCGCAAGACCACCGCUUUCCGGCAGCUGGAGGAUGACGGACGAAAUGGCAACCUGGCAGGAGAGGAGCUGGCUGUGUUGGAGCUGCUACAGGGAAACGCCACCUUGGAGAGACUGCAGGCGCUGACUAAGCGCACAGGGGUGACUGUGGCCCGCGUGGAGGCCCUGAGGGCCGGAGUCAAAGCUCAGGACACUGAGGGACAAGGAGGCCGGACAGCUGCCGAAGAGGAGGAGCUGAGGAAGGCCAAGCUAAACAUUCAGCUGAGGGAGGUGUUCGCCGGCCGCUUCACCACCAUGUUUGCAGAUUACGAAGCCUUUGUCAUCCAGAGCGCCCCGGAUCUGGACUCCUGGCUCACCAACAGAGAGCAAAUGCACAACUUUGACAAGGCGUCGUUCCUGUCAGACCAGCCGGAGCCCUACCUUCCUUUUCUGUCCCACUUCAUUGAGACGCAGAUGUUCGCCACCUUCAUUGACAACAAGAUCAUGUCCCAGUGGGAGGAGAAGGAGCCGCUGCUCCGCGUCUUUGACACUCGUAUCGACAAGGCGCGCCUCUACAACGUCCGCGCCCCCAGCCUCCGAUCCUCAAGCUACCAGAGGUGCUCUGUUCUGAAGGAGUGUGCUCAGGCCAUGGAGCAGCGGCUGAUAAAGAUCGACCACACAGCCAUCCACCCACACCUGCUGGACAUGAAGAUUGGUCAGGGCAAAUACGAGCAGGGCUUCUUCCCCAAACUGCAGGCUGAUGUGCUUAACACUGGACCGACCAAUAACAAGUGGUCUCACAGGACAGCGACAGCUCAGCGCAGAAAAGAUCGCCACAGACAACAAACAGAGCAUCUGACCCUUGAUAACGACCUGAAAGAGAAGUAUAUGCAGGAGGCCCGCAGCCUGGGGAAGAACCUGCGACAGCCCAAACUGUCUGACCUUUCCCCCGCCGUCAUCGCCCAGACUAACUGGAAGUUUGUGGAGGGGCUGCUCAAGGAGUGUCGCAUGAAGACCAAGCGUAUGCUGGUGGAGAAGAUGGGCCGGGAGGCAGUAGAGCUGGGCCACGGUGAGGCCAACAUCACCGGACUGGAGGAGAACACUCUCAUCGCCAGCCUGUGUGACCUGCUGGAGAGAAUCUGGAGCCAUGGGCUGCAGGUCAAGCAGGGGAAGUCAGCCCUCUGGUCCCACCUGCUGCACUACCAGGCCCGGGAGGAAAAACUGGAGCAGCAGCACGCCGAAUCACCAGUGUCUAACGUUCCUGAGAGGAGGAAGUCUGAUUGUUCUAUAGCCAUGCCGUUUCUACGUGUGUCCCUCAUUCAGGAUAUGAGGCACAUCCAGAGUAUGUCAGAGAUUAAGACAGAUGUGGGCCGAGCAAGAGCCUGGAUCCGUCUGUCCCUGGAGAAGAAACUGCUGUCUCAGCACCUCAAACAGCUGCUGUCGCGACAAGCCUUAACCAAGAAACUGUACAAGCGUUACGCCUUCCUGCGCUGUGAGGAGGAGAAGGAGCAGUUCCUCUACCACUUGCUCUCGCUCAACGCCGUCGAUUACUUCUGCUUCACCAGCGUCUUCACCACCAUUGUGAUCCCAUACAGAGUCGUCAUCAUCCCCAUUAAGAAGCUGAGCAACGCCAUGACCACCUCCAACCCCUGGGUGUGUGUGUCAGGAGAGCUGGGAGACGCUGGCAUCAUGCAGAUCCCCAAGAACGUCCUGGAGAUGACCUUUGACUGUCAGAACUUGGGGAAGCUGACCACAGUGCAGCUGGGUCAUGACAACGCUGGGCUCCUGGCUAAAUGGCUGGUGGACUGCGUCAUGGUGCGCAACGAGAUCACAGGACACACCUACAGGUUCCCGUGUGGUCGGUGGCUUGGUAAAGGUGUGGAUGACGGCAGCCUGGAGAGGGUUCUGAUCGGAGAGCUGGUACUGCCCAGUGGAGAGGAGGAUUCUGGGAGGGGCUGCCGUACGCCCCCGCUACAGCGCUCGCCAUCCCAGACCAGACGCAUCAGCAUCACGUCUUUGUCUGGACGAGGAUCCAGUCAGUACCCGUCACCAUUCACAUGCUGCUCUGAGACUGCUCAUAGAGGCAGCCUGACCAUCCUGCUGUGUGGAGAGAACAGCUUGGUUGCAGCUCUGGAGCAGUUCUUCCAUCAUGGCUUCAAGUCCGCCCGGCUCUUUCAGAAGACUGUGUUCAUCUGGGACUUUGUAGAGAGGGCUGUUGCCUACAUGGAGUCAGCUGACCAGAUGGGAGACCUUCAAGAGACCGCCGAGCCCCUGGGGAUGACCUGUCAGUCACUCUGUCACUAUGUCAACGCCAUCAACUCCACCCCCAGGAACAUUGGCAAGGAUGGGAAGUUCCAGCUGCUGGUCUGUCUCGGAGCCAGAGACCGCCUGCUGCCCCAGUGGCUCCCCCUGCUUGUGGAGUGCCCAGUGAUCCUGCGGAUGUUCGAGGAAACGGCCCUGCUCAGAGACCGCACCACUGUGAAUGCCCUCAUCGGAGUCCUGGAGACGUUGCACGACUUCCCUAUCACCCUAGAAGCCUCCCUGGUCAAAGGCAUCGACCUUUAGCAGUAGGAAGGACGAACCGGCUGCUCUGCGUUGUCUUCCAAAGCCCUCCUCACCACCGCCUCCAUCUAGCUCACCCUGCUCUGCCCGCUUUCAGCCCACUGGCUGUGGAAUGAGACACACGAUGAGGGACAAGAAACUGAGGAGACAUUUGGGAAGCAGAGCAGCCAGUUCCACAGCUCCACGAGAGAAGUCGGGGCUUUGCAUCGACCACAAGUAUUUUGAUCCCAGCCCUGCUUCUGAAAGACUCCCUAAUAAAGGACCAGACCAGAGAUUCAUCAUGUUUCACUGCAUUAACUAUGAAUCCUAAAAACUUUACAGCGACGUGUACAAUUUUUGAACACAUCAUCAGGAACUAGCAGUAGUGCUUCCUACGUUCGAGGUAGUCUUUGUUUUCAACUCAUUUCAGUGCAGCAUGAAAGCGACUGUUAUUCAGUACUUUAACUUCUCUGUU